UGUAACAACCGCCUGAAUCCGGUUUGUGAAAGCAAACAAAUUAGACACAAAAGACCUAGAGAUUCUAGGUCUUAUCUCAUUUUUUACACGAGACGAGAUUUGACGGAGUUACCGGCCAUGAAGUUUGUGAUUCUUGGAGUUUUUGUGUUCGCCUGUGUGACAGCAGAGGACAGACAGCAUGUCAGACAGACAAAGAGCUGUCUGACCAGCUCAGACUGUGCUGCUGGCCAGUGCUGUCUCAGUUCGGCUGUCUUCAGGGGCAGGAGGGAGACGGGAGGGGCGUGUGUGGACAGGGUGACCUCUGGAAACAAAUGUUACGUGAACAACGAGCAGUAUCUACCGACCCAUGACAACACGAUGUACUACAACAGCUGUCCCUGUCAGGACGGCAGUCACUGUGUGGGCUCAGGUUUUCGUGAGGUACCCCAGGGGGAGGUUGGCGUGUGUUCGGCCCCUGCCCUGACCAAGAAAGCUGUGGACGCCCCCUGCUCUACUGUCAGGGACUGUGGGGCAGAGGAAUGUUGUAUCAGCCUCAUGCAGCCCGUGGGGAGAAGGCGAGCGGCCUUUGGGGCUGGGGGAGUGUGCAAGAAACUUGGGGGAGUCGGAGACUCCUGCUUGGUUAGGAUCACACAGGUGACUGACAUGAACUUGGCCUGUCCCUGCGCUGACGGCCUCAAGUGUAACGGGACGGGCUUGAUGGUCAUGCCCCUGGGGGAGACAGGAAACUGUGUUUAACUUGUAGCAGAAAACAGACUUGCCAAAUGGGAAACAGAAAGCCAAAAAUGGGAAACAGAAAGCCAAAAAUGGGAAACAGAAAGCCAUUCUUUUUUGUUUCAAACCAUACAGGAUUAUAUUGUUUUUCGAGAAUAAAAAUAAGUCAUAUG